AUGACGAGUUCUGAUAUAAGGGAUGUUUUUAAUUUACAAGAAAUGGGUAUUUCUAAGCCUGUACCUCGGGUAAAACCGAAAAUACAUUCAGAGAAAAAAUCGGAAUUUAUAACACGAGAAUUAUAUUCACUUUUAGGAGAAAAUACUCCACCGAUUGCAAUACUUCAGAAUAAGUUCAAAAAUAGGCCGAAACUUCGGCAAAAAGCUGCAUCAUGGGUUUGGACAUCAUUUGUUAAUGGAGCCAGGAAAGACGGACAUCUAUUUAGUCAUUGGGUAAGGGCAGGGGAUGGUGAAAAUGAAGAAUAUCGAUUUGAAAAAUUGAAUAAAAAAGUUAAUAUUAUAGCUUAUUCGAAUGAGGAAUAUGCUCUAAAUCUUACGGCAUUGGAUUGGUCUCGAGAAGAAACGGAUUAUUUGUUUUCCCUUUGCAGAGAAUAUGAUCUACGUUUUGUCGUUAUUGCUGAUAGAUAUGAUUAUAAAGGGAACCAAAGGACGAUGGAGGAUAUAAAGGAUAGAUAUUAUACAGUUGUCCGUAAAAUUCUUAUGGCAAGAACACCUAUUGCGAUGAUGACACCUACACAAACAGAAGAAUUGAAUCAAUUAUAUUAUAACAAAGAAAAAGAGAUUUCUAGAAAAAAACAUCUUGCAAGUCUUGCUAUGAGAACACCAGAAGAGAUUGCAGAAGAAGAAGCAUUAUUUAUAGAAUCACAAAGAAUAGAAGCCUACAGGAAAAAAAUGGCGCAAGAAAGAAAAGAGUUGCUACGUCUUUUAGAAGCACCUGUACCUAACGGAAGUAUCGCUAAAUAUACAUCUAGUCAAGGAUUAGGAAUUCUUACAAAUAAUAUACUUAUUGCUGAUAAAAAUAAAAAAAGAAAAAACUCGGAAAAUACUUCUUCUCAUACUUUUUCGGGGUCAAUAGGUUCACAAAAAGAUGCUAUCUUUAAAAAAAUCAGGAAACUUUCAUCUCGAGAAGAGAAUAUUUAUGGUGUAUCAUGGCAUGAGAAAUUGCAAGCGGGUAUUUAUUUGCGUUCCACACGGUUAAGUAUGGCCAAAUCUACCGUUGCAACAAAAAUUUCGACAAUAUUAACUGAGUUGGGUCUGGCUACUCGACUAACCAUGCCAACUGAAAAAACAUGCGCUAAAUUCGAACAACUUCAGCGUUCUAUUGAACUUCUUUUAGAUGCAAAAAAACAUUUAGAUCGCCUUGAACAAGAACGUCGUAUUUCUGAAGUACGUAUUCAAGAAACUCCUCUUGAUGAUUUAGAAACUAAAACUACUGAUCUUCAAACCGAUAUCCUUAAGCUUCAAAGACGAUUUAGAAAGUAA